CACUGACCACAAAAAUCUGCAAUAUCUGCGAGACGCCAAGAGACUUAAUCCUUGCCAGGCACGAUGGGCACUCUUUUUCACUCGAUUCAAUUUUACCAUCUCCUAUCGUCCAGGUUCCAAAAAUGUGAAAGCGGACGCUCUCUCUCGUCUUCAUGCUCCUGAAGAGGUCAGUGAGGAACCAGAAUCCAUUAUCUCCAAGGAAAUCAUCAUAAGCCCCAUCCAAUGGUCCCCCAAUCCAGCCGCCUCCUCCAAUGCUUCCACGGCCACUCCGCUGGGCUGUCCACAAGGAUUGCAAUAUGUCACCAGAGCACAACGCACUCCCCUGAUUCACUCCGCUCACACUUCUCUGGGCACUGGCCACACUGGGGCCAACAACACCAUCUCGCUGCUGAAGUAUCGCUUCUGGUGGCCCAAUAUGGCCAGGGAUGUGACAAGGUUCGGCCAAGGCUGUUCCGACUGUGCCAUCACCAAGAGCCCACGCCACCUACCAUCUGGCAAACUUCUUCCGCUGCCCGUUUCCAACCGCCCCUGGUCACACAUAUGAGUUGACUUCAUCACAGAUCUGCCGGCCUCGGAGGGUAACACAUGUGUUCUAGUAGUCAUUGAUCGAUUUUCUAAAUCCUGCCGUCUUCUCCCCCUCAAAGGUCUACCCACAGCUAUGGAAACCGCUGAGAUCAUGUUUAACAACAUCUUCAGAUAUUACGGGAUCCCAGAAGACAUUGUCUCAGACACAGUGGCCCACAGUUCAUUUCCAGGGUAUGAAAGGCCUUUUUCUCUCUCCUAGGUGUGACCAUAAGCCUCUCGUCGGGAUACCACCCCCAGUCCAACGGGCAGACGGAGAGGAAGAUCCAGGAAGUUGGACGUUUCCUGCUAACCUUCUGCCACGGCCACCAGAACUCUUGGAAUCAGUUCAUAGGCUGGGCCGAGUACGCGCAGAACUCUCUUCGCCAGCCAUCCACUGGACUCACUCCCUUCCAGUGCGUACUCGGUUACCAGCCGCCCCUAUUCCCCUGGUCGGGGGAGCCGUCUGAUAGUCCUAUCUGUCGAUUACUGGUUCCGAGAGAGCAAGAGGGUCUGGGACGCAGCUCACCAUCAGCUUCAGCAGGCAGUGCACAGAAGCAAGACGACAGCAGACCUUAGAAGGGCUGAAACUCCAUCAUACCAACCUGGUCAGAAGGUCUGGCUGUCAACAUGGGACAUCAGGAUGCGCCUGCCCUGCAAGAAGCUCAGUCCCAGAUAUGUUGGCCCCUUCACCAUCAUCAAGCAGAUAAACCCAGUCACUUACCAACUUCAGCUUCCCUCACAGUAUAAGAUUCACUCUUCCUUCCAUGUUUCACUGCUCAAACCUUACCAUCCUCCUGUUUCUGUCUCCACAGAACCUGGCCCGACAGAGGAACCCCCUCUUCCGUUAAUCCAGGAGGACGGCGCCAUCUACAAGGUCAACGAGAUCUUGGACUCCCGGCGCCGUGGUGGUAUCUUGGAAUAUCUUGUGGACUGGGAAGGCUAUGGGCCAGAGGAACGGUCAUGGGUUCCCAGAGUUGACAUCCUCGAUCCCACACUGCUGGAGGCCUUUCACUCCACUCAUCCAGAUCGUCCUGGGCCCCGAAGGAGAGGUAGACCACCACGACAUCGGGGUCAUCGGCCCUUAGGAGAGGGCCGUGGAGGAUGGGGUACUGUCACAGAUCAGCCAGGCUCAUCCACCACUCAAUCACAGCGCACACUGUCACCUGAAUACUGAUUGCAUGCACCUGUUUGGAAUUUGCACUCUCAUCAGGACUCCUACUAAAGCACACACCUCACUUUACUCCAGUGUCCGGUCUCGUUCAUACAAAGUGGACUCUCUAUGCUAUCUGUGCGAUACAUUGAGCUACCUGCCUUGUGUACUUACCUUCUGUGUCUCCUCCAGUGUGUUCUCCUGUGCUCAGUUCCUACGUCAGUUCCAGUUGUCAUCUCCGUGGGGAUAUCCUCAUUACUCGUCGUCUGAGGUGUGUGCUGUCUUCUGUCUCCCUUCCACGAUCUCCUGCGAAACCAGAGACUGUCUUAUAUUCUCCAUCAAUUCAGAGAA